AGCUGGUCCUCGGAGUGAACUCACCUUCUCAUGUACUCCAUCGUGAUUCCGAGGGCCCUCCACCUCCUCGUUCGAUCAUGAUGUGUAGCCAUUGGUGAUGGAGCGCGAUGGAUGAUGGAUGCCGCGGCGGAUCUCUACAAGGUCCUCAUCCAUCAUGAUGAUAUUCAGCGUCAUCGCCUCUCGGCGGGCCCCCUCACGCCAUGAUUCCCAUGUUGAGGCUCCACGAUCCCCAUGCUUGGGCAGCAAAUCCCAUCUCACACCAUCAACCUCCAUACCGCGAUCGUGACCUCGAUACAGGUUUUGUCCAGGUCCCUUCCAGAAGUGCCGGGAUACUUCCCCGCAGAGCCGCACCACCGCACACCCCAAUUAGGCAACCCUAUCCCGCCUCAGCCUCCCUCUUCAGCCUCAACUCCCUGCACCCGCAAGAGGCAUGCAAUUCGGGUUCCCAUACGGUUCUUCAUGCUUAACCAUGCGCGUCUACCCGAAGCACUACAGAACUCUUCUUUCCAGACCCUAGUCCAGGUGCACAUCACCUGCAUAAGCGUUGGUACUUUGCUAUUCACUGUCUCUAGAGCCCGGGCCCAUGUUUCCAUGUGUCAUAGACGCGCAGUGUGGGUUCUGAAGACGUGAAGACAUCGAGUAAACGCGCACGUUGGUCGUCGGCUUACUUCUCGACGUGUGUGCUUGUGCGCAAGCAGUUGUGCGUCCUUGCGUUUAUGCUGGCGUGCCAGUUAGACUUGUGGGUCCCU